AAAAAUAAUAAUGUCACAUAAAGUCGUCGGACUUUUUGCUUGUCUUAUCUUUUCCUUCAAACUGAUAGUGUUAUAUGGCUCAUAUGUAAUCUUUUAUUGCAGGUCAUUCAACAGGAAAUGCGUCUUAUUGAUUAAAACAAAAGUGGAAGUGUUUCACAGACAGGGAGCAGCUGCAAACAAGAGGGAAAUUUCAGAGACUUUACUGACAAAUUAUCGACUUUUUUCGUAAGGACAUGGACGAAGGAAGACCAAGAGUGUCCAGGAGAAAGUUCUAUGUCCACCUGUCAGGAACAACCAAUGACGCUCAUCUUCCCUGGGUAUCAAGAUUUGAAGGUAUUGGCCAAGUUAAGGUGGACUCUGCUGAGGACAGUGACUACAUCCUGCUGUUCUGUCCCAUCGCAUCCAGAGUUGGAACAGACAUCAGUGAGGCUCUGGAAAAUAUUCCAGCUGGUGACAAAGAAGUCAUCCUUGUGGUGAUGCAUCACACCUUCAACAAAGAUCAUGUUGUGGCUGACAGCAGGUGGCAGGUCAACGAUUCAAAGGUCCUCCUGGUUGUGGACACUCUGUUCUUCGAGGGACGUCCUCUGAAGUCUAACUGCAAUGAUAUCGCACAGGAUGAAAUCAAGAAGUUCUUUGGUGUCCGUGGCCGUGCUGAGUUCAUUCAGGUCUCCAGCCGUGGUUUCAUUGAUUACUGUGUGAGGAACAACAUGAUGAUCGUCAUGAUAGCAUUCAUUUUUGUGUUGGUUGCGAUCUGGGUGAUAUUUAUGGUGUAUCUAUUCUGCAAGAGCUGUGUUUGGUAAAGGCUGUCACUGACAAAGUACACAGUCAUUUGACUAUCACAUUAGGUAUUGUUAAAGCUACAAGUUUAAACAUGAAUUUUGGGUUUUGGCAUACAGAGUGUUAAUCUGUGAGGCUUUUUAGUCAAAGCACCUUAAUGUGAACUAAAAAUAAUUUGGCAUCAGAUAGCUCAGACUGCAUACAGAGGCAGUCUCAGAUGUCUUAACCAGAACUAGAUUGUAGUAAACUGCCACCUGAUCUGCUCUAUGACAAAAAUGAAGGCUUUGUUUUAGGGCUGUCAAGAUUAAUCGCAUGAACCAUGAUUCAUUCAGGUCCACUAAUAGUGCACUAUGCUUUCUAUCUUUCUUUUUUCUGGUCAAAAACUAAGGCUGUGUGGGACAUUGCCAAUGAAAGAUGUAGACUACUGAUUGUGCUUUAUCUUUAGUUUAAUUCAGUUAAUACUGACAAAUAACUGUAAUUUGCCUAUUUUAUACCUUCAAACACCAAUAUCCAAAUGCAAGUGUGCACAUCUACUCUCUGAAUACGCACAGAGCCUCUGAUUGGCCUCCAAAAGCAUCUCUUUACAUGUCUGAUCAUGUAUUUGUAUUAUUUAGCUGUAUAUUUUAAUGCAUAACACAAUAAAAAUCUGGAAAUGUGUCACUUAAUAUUCAGUGAGGAGGAUUUUAAAGCUGCUCUGUGGAGUACAGCUGUUAAUACGUGAUGCAGUCAUUCCAAAAUAAUGAAAUGCAGUACUAUAUUGGCAGUACUGCUGUGGGAAUGCAUCGCUACAAACAAUCAAUACAGUCAUUAAAUUAUCUUAAGUCCCCAGGUAAUACUAACCUUUUGUGAAUAGUGCAUAUGUAUAAAUAAACAUGUUAGUAUUGUUUUUGAAAAGAGGAUUCAAAGAUAGAAAUUCAGCUCUAAUGUUACAACAUUAGUACUUGUACUUUUUGUAGCAUAUGAAUGUUUAACUAAGUCUGUUGAUGAUUUAUGUUCAAUCCAAUAUUGUUGGUGUAUGAUGAAGACAAAAUAGCCAUGUAAAAGAAGGAUUUCUGCUGCUUUUUGCUCAUUAAAAACUGAAUUGUGUGCUUUCCUUCAUGAAUAAACAAUU